GGCCGGUGGCCUUAGGCCGCGUCGCGCAGGGCGGGAGGGGCCCGCAUCCUAACCUGCCCGUGGACUUUGCCAGUCCCGCUACGCGCCAGGCCGGAUCCUAACCAGGCUCUCGCGCAGCCACCAGCCGGGCCUUCGGCGGCCUCUCCUGGCUCCGCGCGCCGGACCACACGCGGGGGACAGCAGAGGUGGCCUUGCAGGGGUUAGGGGGCAGGAUUGACGCGGAUCCUUGGUUUUCCUAGUCUUCAACCACCUAAGGCGGGGCUUGCCGCUUGGAAUCCGAGAAUGAAUUACACACGGUUCAUCACGGCUGCGAGCGCGGCCAGGAAGCCUUCUGCCAUUCGAGUCAUGACUGAGAUACUGGGCAAGUCAUCGAAAUCUGUCCUCUCCCUGGCGACUGGAGCACCAAACCCCAACACGUUCCCUUUCAAGACCGCGGUUAUCACCACAGACAACGGAGAGACCAUCCAAUUUGAUGAAGAGAUGAUGAAGAGAGCACUGCAGUAUUCUCAGAGUGCUGGACUCCCAGAGCUGUUAUCCUGGCUGAAACAGUUACAAGUAAAAUUGCAUAAUCCUCCCACCAUCCAUUAUCCACCCAGCCAAGGACAAAUGGACAUGUGUGUCACAUGUGGCAGCCAAGAAGGUCUCUGUAAGGUAUUUGAAAUGAUCGUUAAUCCUGGAGAUAAUAUCCUCGUAAAUGAACCUAUUUACUCAGGAACAAUUCAUGCUGUGCAGCCUCUGGGCUGCAACAUGAUUAACAUUUCCAGUGAUGAACACGGGAUUAUUCCAGACUCCCUCAGAGAAAUACUUUCCAGAUGGAAACCAGAAGAUUCAAAGAACCCCGAGAAAAACACCCCCAAAUUUCUUUAUACUGUCCCAAAUGGCAACAACCCUGCCGGGAACUCAUUAACAACUAACCGCAAAAAGGAAAUCUAUGAGCUCGCAAGAAAAUAUGACUUCCUCAUCAUAGAAGACGAUCCUUACUAUUUUAUGCAGUUCAACAAGCCCUGGGCACCGACUUUUCUGUCCAUGGACAUUGAUGGGCGUGUCAUCCGAGCUGACUCCUUUUCCAAAGUCCUGUCCUCUGGGUUGCGAAUAGGGUUUAUAACUGGUCCAAAGCCCUUGAUCGAGAGAAUUGUUUUACACAUACAAGUUUCAACAAUGCAUCCCAGCACUUUUGCCCAGCUCCUGGUAUCACAGCUUCUGUACCAAUGGGGAGAAGAGGGCUUCCUGGCUCACGUAGACAGGGUUAUUGAUUUCUAUAGAAAGCAAAGGGAUGCAUUAUUGGCAGCUGCAGACAAGUGGUUAAGUGGUUUGGCAGAAUGGCAUGUUCCUACUGCUGGAAUGUUUUUAUGGGUUAAAAUUAAGGGCCUUCAUGAUGUAAGAAAACUGAUCGAAGAGAAAGCCUUUAAGAAAGAGGCCUUCCAGGGAUUAGCCCAACUUAUAAAGGAAUCUUUAUGAAGAAAUCGAACUCUUCAUAGCACUCACGGUUUUCAGAUAAAUUAUUUCUAUGUUUUACCAGGAAGAAAUGAUUGUUGGUGUCAGACUUACAGAUUGGGUUUCACCAAACACGUCAUAUCUGUAGUAAUUUAACUAGACAACUUUUAAAGUGACCUUGAACGCAUCAGAUUGCCAAAAUAUAUUUAUAAUCCACCUAUACAUGUUGAUAAAUUUUCAACCCACAAAAAAUAUUUUUAUCCUGGAUUUUAUUGUAAAGAUUUUUGUAGUUGCUUUAUCAUUUCCCAUAAAUUUUCUUUGAAAAUAACAUUUUUACAGUAAAUUAUCUGUAAGCAAACAAUCAUGUUCAAAAUGGUAUGUAAUGUGAACUUUUCCUAUUUUGAAGAAAAUGUAAUGAGAGCUUGUUGCAAAAAUUGUUAGAAUUUGACUGUUAUACAUAAUUUUUAGUAAGAGUAUCACAGACAUUAUGUUAUGGCACAGAAAUCCAUUUAAAAUAAAAUU